AGCCCUGGAUGGAGCUGGUGUGGGGAGGAAGUACAGGGACAGGGUUUCUGGAUCAUUUAUCAGGUUAAAGUCUCAAACGGAAACUGAUCCGUGAUUUUACCGGAACUACCCCACUUUACCGGGGAAUCACCGAGCUGAGCACCGGAGCUGACAGCUGGAACUACACCGAGAGAAGUGACCGAAACUCGGCCAGGACACCUGCCUGUGCCGGGGGCAUGAAGACUCCAGGCUCACCUGGUUCAGACAGGAACACCUGGAUCGGCUAGAAACACCUGGUUCGGACUAAAACACCUGUAUGGGAUCGUGAUGGGCCGGUAACGGGAGCGACAGCAGCACGAGCUUCGUAGUUUGAUCGUUCGGGGAGGGGACACGAUGUCUGUGAACGAGCUGUACACAAAGUACACGCGGGUGUGGAUCCCGGACCCGGAGGAGGUGUGGAAAGCUGCAGAGAUCGUCAAAGACUACAAAGAUGGAGAACCGGUACUUCACCUCAAACUGGAGGACGAGACGCCUCUGGAAUAUUCUGUGGGUCCGAAGUCAAACCCGCUCCCAUUCCUUCGUAACCCUGACAUCCUGGUCGGGGAGAACGACCUCACGGCGCUCAGUUACCUUCAUGAACCGGCCGUCCUGCACAACCUGAGAGUUCGAUUCCUCGAGUCAAACCACAUCUACACGUACUGUGGUAUUGUGCUGGUGGCCAUCAACCCGUACGAACAGCUGCAGAUUUAUGGCGAGGAAGUCAUCGAGGCGUACAGCGGGCAGAACAUGGGCGACAUGGACCCUCACAUCUUCGCUGUUGCUGAGGAGGCGUACAAACAGAUGGCCAGGGAUGAAAGGAAUCAGUCCAUCAUCGUCAGCGGAGAAUCCGGAGCAGGUAAAACAGUAUCAGCAAAAUACGCCAUGAGGUACUUCGCCACAGUGGGCGGUUCAGCUAACGACACCAACGUGGAGGAGAAGGUGCUCGCUUCCAGCCCCAUCAUGGAGGCUAUAGGAAACGCUAAAACCACCAGAAACGACAACAGCAGUCGUUUUGGAAAGUACAUCCAGAUCGGCUUCAGCCGAAACUACAACAUCAUCGGGGCCAACAUGAGGACGUACCUGCUGGAGAAGUCUCGAGUCGUGUUCCAGGCGGAGGAGGAGAGGAACUACCACAUCUUCUACCAGCUGUGUGCUUCAUCCAGUUUACCUGAGUUCAAAGACCUCAGCCUCACCAGUGCAGAAGAUUUCACCUUCACGUCGAUGGGAGAGAACAUCUUCAUCGAGGGAGUGAACGAUGCCAAUGACUUUAAGAAGACCAGAGAGGCCUUCACUCUGCUGGGUGUGAAGGAGAGCAGUCAGCUCAGCAUCUUUAAGGUGGUCGCCUCCAUCCUCCACCUGGGGAACGUGGAGAUCCUCUCUGAGCGGGACGGAGAGUCCUGUCACGUGGCGAGGGAUGACCCUCACCUGCAGCAUUUCUGCAGACUCCUGGGCGUGGAGCAGCAGCAGAUGGAGCACUGGCUCUGCCACAGGAAGCUGGCGACUGCCUCAGAGACGUACGUGAAGAAGAUGUCCGGCAGACAGGCGCUGAACGCCCGCGACGCGCUCGCCAAACACAUCUACGCCCGAAUGUUCGACUGGAUCGUGGAGCACAUCAACAUGGCGCUGCAGACGUCGUCCAAGCAGCACUCCUUCAUCGGAGUCCUGGACAUCUACGGGUUCGAGACGUUCGAGGUGAACAGUUUCGAGCAGUUCUGCAUCAACUACGCCAACGAAAAGCUCCAGCAGCAGUUUAACUCACACGUGUUCAAGCUGGAGCAGGAGGAGUACAUGAAGGAGCAGAUCCCCUGGACCCUCAUAGACUUCUACGAUAACCAGCCCUGCAUAGACCUGAUCGAGGCUCGACUCGGCAUCCUGGACCUGCUGGACGAGGAGUGUAAGGUGCCAAAGGGGACGGAUCAGAACUGGGCCCAGAAACUCUACAAGCAGCACUCCAGCAGCGCUCACUUCCAGAAACCUCGAAUGUCCAACGUCUCCUUCAUCAUCGUUCACUUCGCUGACAAGGUGGAGUACCAGUGUGAAGGUUUCCUGGAGAAGAACAGAGACACGGUCUACGAGGAGCAGAUCAACAUCCUGAAGGCCAGCCAGUUCCAGCUGGUCGCUGACCUGUUCCAUGAGAAGGAUGACGUCGCCCCCCCAAAGUCGGCCCGGGUGAACGUCCGGUCUCUGAAGACCGUCCCUAAAGCCCCCAAUAAAGAACACAGGAAGACAGUGGGACUCCAGUUCCGUAGUUCCCUUCACCUCCUGAUGGAGACGCUGAACGCCACCACGCCUCACUACGUCCGCUGUAUCAAACCCAACGACGAAAAAGAGGCCUUCUCGUUCGACUCGAGGCGAGCCGUGCAGCAGCUCAGAGCCUGUGGGGUCCUGGAGACCAUCCGGAUCAGUGCAGCCGGGUACCCGUCCAGGUGGACGUACCCAGAUUUCUUCAGCAGGUACCGAGUUCUCCUGAAGAAAUCAGACAUGAUGUCCUCAGACAAGAAGCAGGUGUGUCGAAACCUGCUGGAGACUCUGAUCAAGGAGCCAGACAUGUUCCAGUUUGGAAAGACGAAGAUCUUCUUCCGUGCGGGUCAGGUGGCGUACCUGGAGAAGCUCCGGACCGAUAAGUUCCGCGCCGCCUGCAUCAUGAUCCAGAAGACGGUCCGAGGAUGGCUGCAGAGGGUCCGAUACCGAAAGAUCAAGAAGUCUGCUCUCACUCUACAGAGAUACGGCCGAGGUUACCUGGCCCGCAGGUACGCCGAGUUCCUGCGUCUGAGUCGAGCGGCGCUCAUCUGUCAGAAACAGUAUCGCAUGGUGAGAGACCGGCGGGAGUUCCUGAGGGUCCGACAGGCGGUGGUGACCAUCCAGGCGUACAGCCGAGGGAUGUACACGCGACGGAUAUUCAAGGAGUUCCUCCUCCACCACAAAGCCAUGAUCAUCCAGCGCAGCGUUCGCGGCUGGCUGGCGAGAAAGAAGUUCCGGCGAGCGCGUGACGCCGCCAUCAUCAUCCAGUGUGCGUUCAGACGGAUGCGGGCGAAGAAGCAGCUGAAGCAGCUGAAGAUCGAAGCUCGCUCCGCCCAGCACCUGAAGAAGCUGAACACGGGGAUGGAGAACAAGAUCGUACAGCUGCAGAGGAAGAUGGACGACCAGAGCAAAGAGUUACGCAGUCAGAAUGACCAGCUGCUGCAGCAGAACACCAACCUGGGGUCAGAGGUCAACAAGCUGCAGAAACAGCUGGAGCACAUGAAGAGUCAGCAGGGAGAUGGCGGCCAGCAGCUGUUGUCCCUGCAGGAGGAGCUGGAGAGGCUUAGGGAGGCUCUGCAGGAGGCCAACGCCGAGAGGAAGAGGAUGGAGGAGGAGCACGGCUCGGAGAAACUCACGCUACAACAGAGGGUGGAGGAGCUGGAGGCAGAGAACGGUCUGCUGAAGAGUGAGAAGGAGGAUCUGAACCAGAGGAUCCUGCAGAUCUCACAGAGCUCUGAAGAUGGCAGCGGUGUGUCCCAGAAGGAGGCGUCUCUGCAGAGCGAGCUGGAUGCAGAACGCCAGCGCUACCAGAACCUUCUGAAAGAGUUCUCCAGAGUGGAGCAGAGAUACGACAACUUGAAGGAGGAGAUGUCUCUGAGCAAGUUCCAGCCGGGCCACAGGAGGAACCCGUCCAAUCAGAGCAGCCUGGAGUCGGACUCUAACUACCCGUCCAUCUCCACCUCAGAGGUGGGAGACACCGAGGACUCCAUCCAGCUGGUGGAGGAGAUGGGCGUGGAGAAGGCAGCCAUGGACAUCAGCCUGUUCAUGAAGCUGCAGAAGAGAGUGAGAGAGCUGGAGACGGAGAGGAAGAGGCUGCAGCUCAGCGUGGAGAAGAUGGAAGAGCUCAACAGGCGCAAGAGCUCUGAGUCCAAGAGUCCCAUCACGGAGCAGGAGAACGCAGAUCUGGCCUACAACAACCUAAAGAGGCAGGAGCUGGAAACGGAGAACAAGAAGCUGAAGAACGACCUGAACGAGCUGAGGAAGACGGUCGCCGAGCGGGCGUCUCAGAACAACUCGUCCAAUGAGCUGCAGGACAGCUACAACCUGCUGCUGAGUCAGCUCAAAUCGGCCAAUGAGGAGCUGGACGCCCGUAAGGAGGAGGUGCUUAUCCUGAGGACGCAGAUCGUCAGCACGGCCCAGCUGCUGGAGAAGAACGACCAGAUGCAGGACGGGAAUAAAGCUCCAGAGGUGAAUGACAGUAAGGAUCCUGUGGACAAAGAGGAGGCGGCCAAAGCCUACCACGGCCUGUGUGAGGCUAAAAACUGCUCUCAGCAGGACUGCUGCUCUCUGAAUGAGGAUGGAGAGCUCGCUCUGGCUUACCACGGCCUCAAACAAGUGGCCAGGCUGCUGGAGGCUCAGCUGCAGACUCAGGCUCGGCAGCACAAAGACGAGCUGGAGGCUCUGCACACGCAGAUCGAGCUGCUGAGAGACGACAUCGAGAAGAAGCAGGAGAUCAUCAACUACACCUCCUCGCUCUCACCUGAGGCCAAGGUGGAGUACAGCGUCCAGCAGGAGAUCACCAGACUGACCAACGACAACCUGGAUCUGAAGGAGCUGGUGGAGAAACUGGAGAAGAACGAGAGGAAGCUGAAGAAACAGCUGAGGAUCUACAUGAAGAAAGUCCAGGAGCUAGAAGCAGCAGCAGCGGCGGCUCAGUCCAGCAGAAGGCCGGAGCUGAGUCGUCAGGUGACGGUCCAGAGGAAGGAGAAGGACUUCGAGGGGAUGUUGGAGUACUACAAAGAGGACGAGGCUCUAUUGCUCAAAACACUCAUCACAGACAUCAGGCCCAACAUGGUGUCGGCCACGGUCCCGUGUCUUCCUGCUUACAUCCUCUUUAUGUGUAUCCGUCACGCCGACUACAUCAACGACGACCAGAAGGUGGAGUCUCUGCUCACCUCCACCAUCAACGCCAUCAAGAAGGUCCUGAAGAAAAACAACGAUGACUUCGAGAUGACCUCCUUCUGGUUGGCCAACACCAGCCGCCUGCUGCACUGUCUGAAGCAGUACAGCGGAGACGAGGCAUUUAUGACCCAGAACACGAGCAAACAGAACGAGCACUGUCUGAAGAACUUUGACCUGGCCGAGUACCGGCAGGUUCUCAGCGACCUCUCCAUCCAGAUCUACCAGCAGCUCAUCAAGGUGGCCGAGGGAAUCAUCCAGCCCAUGAUCGGUGAGUUAUCCUUCACUAAGGAGGUCAAAGGUCAUCAUGCUGCCUCUAGCACCAGCUCCAGUCUACGCUGGAGCUCUGAUCCGACAGCUGGCAGGGUCACACGCCCAGCUGGACAGACGUGGGUCAUCCCAGCUAAGCUGGAGGUCAGGUCAGUUUCCUGGAGCACGGGCAUGCAGCUGAGGUAUAACACCAGUCAGAUGGAGGAGUGGCUCCGCGGUAAUAACCUGUACCAGAGCAAAGCGGCGGCGUCCCUGGAGCCCAUCAUUCAGGCUGCUCAGCUGCUGCAGAUGAAGAAGAAGACCACUCAGGACGCCGAGGCCAUCUGCUCGCUCUGCACCUCCCUCACCACCCAACAGAUCGUGAAGAUCUUGAACCUUUACACGCCUCUGAACGAGUUUGAGGAGAGAGUCACCGUGUCGUUCAUCAGGAACAUCCAGAACAACCUCCAGGACCGGAAUGACCCUCCUCAGCUCCUGGUGGACACCAAGCAGACGUUCCCGGUCCUCUUCCCGUACGCGCCGUCCGCCCUGAGCCUGGAGACGCUGCACAUCCCCGCCUCGCUAGGACUGGACUUCCUCAUCAGAGUCUGACAGUCGACCUGGACCUGCUCCAGGACAGAAACGGAUGAAACCUCAGCCGUGACAAAAACCCUGAGAUGCACAAAGACCACCACCCUGAUGUCACACGGACUGACAGAGAUCAGGACCAGGUUCAUCCUCAGUGGACCUGGACCACAUGAAACCAAGGACAGAGCAACCACCAUCACAUCCUGCUUCCUCUUCCUCUUCUUCUUCUUCUUCUUCUGUGAGUGGAUUCACAUCAGGGACCCAGGCCCAGAUCCAUUGACCCCAAAGUCUGGUUCAUCGGUGAGGUGUUAAGACGAGUGCGGCAUACUCUAGCACAGUGAAGAGGUCUUGAUUCCCAGUUACUGGUACGUGACACAGCCAUGCUUGGGUACGGCGUGGAGUCCUAACCGCCGUCUCUGAGCAGCACGGGUCCGGGUCCUCCUCUGAGCUGUGAUUGGACGUGGGCGCAGGACAAGGGUCGAUGCUGGGGUCUAAAUCAUAAAAACAUCUACAGUAGCAGGAUCCACUCUUCUUCUUCUUCUUUCUUCUUCUUGGCGGUUUCACAGACCAACUCCAGUCCUUCAUCAUCCUAGGACACAGUCGGACCAGCGCUCCUCCAGCUGAGUCAGUUUAAGGGAAAACUUAAGAACCUGAGCGGCCUGAUCCCUGACGUGAAUCCUCUUCCUCUGUCUUUUUCUUUUCGUUGCCUUUUUCAUUUUAUGUCUUUAUGUCCAGCUCUGAUUUAUUUUUAUUUUAUUUUUGAUCAUUUUUUAAAUGUAUUUCUAUGUUGAAUCUUUUUACAGCGUCCUAUUUUUACUCUUCUUCUUUGAUUUAAAUAAUGAAAUCCUAAACAAUACAAUGUGCUGGGUGCUCUGCUGCCCCCUGCUGUCUUCUGGAGGACGGUAAAUCUUCAUUUGCACUUUGAAAACAGAAACACUGGCCGUGCUGUCUUUAUGUUCAGGCAUCUUUUAGUGAAGACGAAGAUGAAGAACUCACCUGAUAAUGUUUAAUCUCUGAGUGAUAAAGAUCUAUAUUUUAUAGAACCUGAUCUCUACAGCUGUAAAUGUUGUCUAAGGAGAUGAAGUCACUUCCUGUUUCAUCAGUAAAUUUAGAAACUUUGUCUUAAAAUAAAACGUUUAGGUUGAUGAUUCCAUGUCCUGACCUGCUGACGUCUCCACAGCUCUGGUAUUAACAAUAAAUCUGUUUUUCAGUGAAAUCUGA